AAAGACCUUUUUUUUUUCUUCACUAAACCCACUUCCCUCUCUUCCCUUUAUUCUCAAUCCAACCAUUCCUCGGAGCACACGACUAUGGCGUCGCACUGUUCGAUGAGAGGAGCAUUAGGAGUAAUCCUUCACAGAUUCUCAUAUGGCUUAUCUUCCAAAGCCAUCGCCAAUUCCGUCAACCGCAGCCUGUUCAGCAAGAGGAACUCUCUCUCCUCUCUCUCCUCGGUCUCGCAUUACAGUGCGUCGCCAUUGUUGGCGCCAGAGGAAGAAGACAGGCUCCACAGUAAGCGUCAAUUCAGGAGGAUAUGGACUUCUUCUCCUCUCUGUAUGGGUCGUCGUUCCUCCAAGAUCGCCGGCCGGAAGGGGGCUCAAGAUGCAAAGAAGGCGAAACUAUACUCGAGGAUUGGAAAGGAGGUUGUAUCUGCUGUCAAGAAAGGUGGUCCAAACCCAGUUUCCAAUACUGCUCUGGCUACUAUACUUGAGAAAGCAAAGGAACUAGAUAUACCAAAGGAUAUUUUGGAGCGUAAUAUUAAAAGGGCUUCGGAGAAGGGACAGGAAGCUUUCAUCGAGAAAAUUUACGAGGUAUAUGGCUAUGGUGGAGUUAGUAUUGUAGUCGAGGUCUCGACAGAUAAAAUUACUCGAUCAGUAGCGUUGGUAAGAGAGGUUGUUAAGGAUUAUGGGGGAAAGAUGGCCGAUCCAGGAUCUGUCAUGUUCAAGUUCAGACGGGUAAGGGUUGUGAAUAUAAAGGUUACAGAUGCUGACAAAGAUCAGCUCCUUUCUGUUGCUUUAGAUGCUGGAGCCGAGGAUGUUAUUGAACCCCUGACUUACAAAGAUGACCCUGAUGAAGAUCAGGAAGAAAGGUAUUACAAAAUUGUAACUUCUUCAGAGAACUACACGAAGAUACUGUCAAAGCUACGGGAGGAAGGAAUAAACUUCGAGCCUGACAACGGCUCUGAGCUGCUCCCUUUAACUACUAUCGAGGUGGACGAUGAGGCCAUGGAACUGAACAGAGAGCUUAUGCAGAAACUACUCGAACUUGAUGACGUCGAUGCCGUUUAUACUGACCAGAAAUGAGAAUUCUCGGCCAAAAUUCCCGUCUUCUGACAAGAGUUGUAGCCAGAGGAAGAAGCUUCAGGCCCAGGAUCUGAGUUUCAUGAGCAAAGUUUUCAGGUAUAACUGUGUUGCUCGUAUGAAAAUGUCUGCAUGUCUUUUUAGGGAAGACAGGUUCCUCUUUGAACACAGUUCACAUCCACUUAUAGUAAGAGCUUCAUAUUUGAUUUUUAAAAAAAAUUAUUGUAACAAAAGUUACUAAACUGAAGAGUUUAACAUUUUUUUUUGUCCGGUAGUUAA